AUGACGGGAUCAAGCUCAGCCUCCAACUUCACCAAACUCCAACUCGGUCGCCCCGGAAGCUCCUCCUCUUCCUCUCCAACCCAGAAUGCCAGCACGGUGACCCCCAAGAAGCGUGACCUCCCAGGGAAAGACAUUGUGGCAAUGGAAGGAUCGAGCUCGCUCGACUUAACCAAACUCCAACUCGGUUGUCCUGGCAGCUCCUCCUCCUCCUCCUCCUUUCCAACCCAGAAUGCCGACUCGGUGACCCCAAAGAAGCGUGACCUCCCAGAGAAAGACCCGAAGUGGAAAAGAUCAUCACGUAGGGUCGUCCCAGGCAACAAGAAGAGGCCCGUUCUGAGGCACGAGGAAGAAGAGAAGGACGAUGCUGGCAUCUCCACUAAGUUGACGCUCCUCCACGACCCGUGGGACUUCAAGAAGGUGCUAGAGACAAGUGACGUUGAUCACUCGUCGCGGCUCCUGCUUACGAAAGGCUUUGUGGAGAGCCGCGUGCUCAAGGAGAAGGGCGAGGAGAUGGUGGGGCUGGUCAAGAGCAGGGCCGGGAUGGAGGUCCCCGUGUGGGACGCGGACACAAGCACCGAGCACCCGCUCGUGUUUGGCUACUGGAAAUCCACGAAGGGCUACGUGCUGAAAGGCGGCUGGAUCCCGGAGUUCGUCGAGAGGCGAGGGUUGGUAGUCGGGGACAAGAUCGGGAUGUUCUGGGACGAGCGCAUGUUUUACUUUAAGGUCCUUCGCAAGGUUGCUCGAGGCACGGGCAACGAGGCUGCUUGA